CUCAUUUUCAAUUAAUUCAUAGUGUACUAUCUAUUUAUUUAAACUUAAUAAAUAUGACUUAAAAAUGUUUUAACGCAUCUCUUGUUGUGAGUGCAGUCGUCAUGGUACCUAGCGGCGACAUCAAUAUUUAACCAAUAUAAACCUUACUAUUUUCUAGAUAGAUAGUAUUGAUUGAGUUUAAGGAGACUUACAGAAUUUAUUAAACUUCCUCUAACUUUGUUGGUUCAAAUAAGUAGGUACAUCAGCAGUUGCAAACGGAAAUCAAAAACCCAAGUAAGAUAUAGAACGCUUACAAGGAUACUGAAGGUCUGAAAAGUUAUAUCAAGUAAAUAAGUAGUUGCAUGGUAAGUGUUGGUGUGUAAGUAUGGGUCUGCUGGACAAGCUGUCGGUGUGGCUGGGCCGCGGGCGCGCAGAGCUGACGGUGCUCGUGCUGGGGCUGGACAACAGCGGCAAGAGCACGCUGCUCAACGCGCUGCGCCCGCCCGAGCAGCGCGCGCAGCAUACCACGCCCACCGUCGCACAGCAACUCGACCACUUCCAGAGCGGCGGCAUAUCGUUCAGCGCGUGGGACGUGUCGGGCGCGCCGCGGCACCGCGCGCUUUGGGAGCGCCACUACCGCCGCGCGCACGCCGUCAUCUUCGUCGUGGACUCCGCCGACCACCUGCGGCUCGUGGUGGCGCGCGAGGAGCUGGAGUUAUUGCUGGCGCACCCGGACAUGUUCGGACGGCGCGUGCCGCUGCUCGUGUUCGCCAACAAGAGCGACGCGCCGCACGCGCUGGCGCCCAUGCAGGUCGCCGCCGCGUUGGGGUUAGAGCGCAUCGUGGAGAAGCCGUGGCAUAUCGGCGCGUCGUGCGCGCUGUCGGGCGCGGGGCUGGCGGACGGCGUGGCGUGGCUCGCGCGCCAGCUGCGCGACGCGCGCCUCCCGGUCUCGCACUCCUAGCCGUCCAAGCAAAAAAGACGUUCAUCCAAAAAAACAUCUAUCAUUCUCGACAGUCAUAAAUUCUGCUUUAUACUGCAAAUGUUGUCACUAUUGUAAAGGGAUUGCCGUGUCCUGAAGCGGGCGAGGUGCCGCCGAAAGCGAGCCGAGUCCAUUACGUAGGGCAUAACCCUUAGUUGUUUACACAAGACAAUGUUACGCAUCUUUGUUGCUUGUUAUCAUGUUCAUGCGCAUGUACGUAAUUGAAAUCAUGUAGGAGAUUUACCUUCCCGGGCAAUUUAUUAGCUGAGGCUACGGUAUUAAAGAUAUUUAAUUGAAUACUAUUAUGAACACCAUAUUGUAAGUAUCUAAUGAAACUGAAACAGUUUACCAACAGUAGAUUGGUUGUUGAGCCGUCGUCGUUGUUGGUAACAUUAUUUUUAAUUGUCUUUAAACCGUAAACUUUUUAUAAGUUAAUCUUUUUAGUCUAUGGUGUUUAUUCCUGCCGAAAAAAAAAAAACAUUCAAACGUCAGACGAAAAUAAAUCGAAAGUCAACGUUAUAGGGAACUUUAGGUAACUUACCCACUUAAUUUAAUUUUACGCAGAAUUGACGGUUUUCUAUUCACACAUUUUCCAAUAAACAAAAUAUAUUCUAUUUUCAUAAUUUUUGUGUUAAAUGUAGAUAAGUGAUUGGAGUCGUUGUUGCAUUUAGUC